AUGGCUAAAACGAAAACUAAAAAAACUUGCGAAGAAAAGCUUGCUCAAGCAAGGCUACAUAAAAGGAAAAAAUACGAGGAAAUUAAAAACGAUCCCGAGAAAUAUGCAAUUCAGAAGGAAAAAGAGAGACAGAGAUACUUGAAGCGAAAAGAACAAAAUAAAAUAAAAUCUGUUGCUAAAAUGACACCAAGGGAAAAAAGACUUCAAAGAAAAAAAUGGAACGAAAAUAGUAGGCGUUAUUUAGAGAAAAAGAAAAAGGAAAGGGUAAUACAACAGAUGCUGAUUGAUAAUUCACCUCCAACAAGUGAUAGAGAAGAAAAUGUAGAUGCUGACCAAGACCCAUUAGAAGGGCCAUCACACCAAUCAGUUGAGGUGUCUAACAUAAACUGCAAACGGUGUCAAAAAAAGGAUAAGUUAAUAAGAAGACUUCGUUAUAGUUACAAGAAAGAGAUUGGUAAACUGAAACAGGAAAAGGAAAAAGUUAUUAAAGAAAAGGAUGCAAUGAGAAAAAUGUUGAUGAGGCAAAUAAAUAAACAACGAAAAAUACAAGCAAAACCAUCGACAGGUGAGAAAGUGGAUAAUUUGAUAAAAUCAAUAAACGAAGACAAACGAGAAGAAGUGAAGAAAAAAAUAUUAUUUGGAGAAAUUAUAUCGAACAAUUUAAGAGAUGGAUUUAAAGUUUUAAGAAAGAAAGAAAAACGAGAGUUUAGCGAUAUAGUCAUGAGGGACAAAGACCGUUUCAAGAAGCACAAGGUUUUAGAGCAAGAUAUUGAAGACAGAAAAUUUCCCUCGUCAGUUCAAGGAUUUCGUAGAACUAUGUCUGUGCAUCAAGUGCUUUGGUCAUUUGAUAGGCUUCGAAUAACCUUCCGAAAACUAAGUUGCUUCUUGUGUGAAAACGGUGAUAUAUGUUCACAUAACUACCAUCUUGGAUUUAUGAACUUAUCUUGUCUUUAUGAAAAUGUCGAUCCUGAACAUCUACAAGAUUUCUUAAAUGAAAACACGACGAACGAAGUCCUUCGAGAAGUGACAAAUCCUCGAACACCUUCCCCUACUAAUCAAUUCCUGAAUAGAUCAGCAGCUGAAGCAUCACAAAAUAUGAAAAAUUCAUCAAAUAGAGCCCAAAAUAAUAACAAAAUCACCAUACUAUCUGACGUAAAAGUACAUUGGACCAACACUUCCUUUAUUGGCAAUGAAAUGAAGAAAACAGAUAAUACCAAUUUUCAACUUGAUUUUCAAAAGUUUGUUUCUGGAAAAGUCGCGGUAAAAGAUCAAGAAAAAGAUAUUACAGAAAGUGACAGUGCAAGAAAAGUACUCAAAAGGAUAGAAAAGCGAAGAAAAAAGUUUUUUACCAUUCAGAUGAUAGUAGCAGUGGAGGAAAAAUAA